CGCAGGUGACCGACGAUUCUGUGUUUCUUUUCGCCGCGGGUCCGUCGCUGGAACAUAAUUUCGCGUCUUUUGGACUCGGAAAAUUUAGUUGGGUCGAGUGUCGGAGCAACUCGGUGUAAGAAGCGUACCCAUAGUGUGUGAACUGGUGUGAAUCUCUGCAGAUUUUUCGUAUGUGAAAUUACAGAGGUUGGUUCAACUGAACGCCUCGCAGUUCCAGUGCGAAAUUAAUUAGCAACGACAACUUAUUCAAAUGCAUCAGGGGAGGACGGUCGCGUGUAUGGUCGCAUGAGACCGCCGGCGGGGGAUAUUAAGAAAGCUACUACAAUCCUGAAAUUUAUUGGUCAACGACGACGACGAUACACGUUCUCAUUUAUUCGUGAAGUGCGAGUAAUCGAAACUGGCGAUGAAAAUUGAGACCUCGCAAGAUAUGACGUAGGCAGAUCUAUGGCUUUGACACCCUCUAAGAUGAAAAACCGCAAUCCGUAGCAGUUUUGCCAUGCUGGUCACGCAGUCUGUUUCUCCGAUGAAUAAUUUGCCAAAUAUGUUGUCAGUAUUGGAGGAAGAAUCCAACGUCGAUAUUGACGACGUAUUUCCACCUCAUGUGGACACAACAAAUAUUGUUAUUCAUCCGGAGUCACCGACCAGCAAGAAGCAGGCACUCAAGACCUUCAACGAGGUGAAUGUGCUGCUGCAGGCAGGAAGGAAAAGAGAGGUCAAAUUGAUCAUCAGGGAUAAUGCCUGGCCGUUGAAUAAUGGUAUUAGAGCACAGUUAUGGCCGGCACUUUGUAACCAGCAUACUCAUGGCAAAAACAUGCUCGAUGGAUUCUAUUGGGACAUGGUCAAUCAAGUAUUUGGAACUACAGAAUUGCCAGAGAAAUCCAUCAUGCUGCCACCAUUUGUCGAUAGUACACAUUGCCUCUCUUAUAAUCUGACGCGCAAAGGGCGAAGCGUCGCCGACAGAGUUGUCUCCGUUCUGGGUUACGCCUGCCCCGACAUCACCUUCAGCCCUUCUCUUUAUCCCAUAACGGCGCUUCUUCUACACUUCAUGCCAGAAGAGGAGUGUUAUCACUGUAUGGCCAGUCUGGUGGCUGCCAAAGAAAAAAUGUUUAUCACGCAAACAAAACUUCUCUAUGAAGUCACGUGGAAAACUGUUGAGCAAAUAACUAGAAAACACGUGAAAUCUGCAGCAGUACAUUUGGCCAGGCAUUGCUCCGGGUCUCGAGCAGAGAGAAUCUACAUGGACUGGAUUUGGUGGAUUCUACAGUUACUUCCUUUUCAGCAUCUAGUCAGAGUUAUGGACUGCUUUCUACACGAAGGCAUCAAGGUCUUUUAUCGGGUGGCUAUGGCUAUAGUUUUAUUAUUUUACAAACAUUCAUCUCCUCAAAAUUCCGAGUGGAUGAACGAAAUUUCAAAAAAUGGAAUUGACGCAGCUCUGUCGAAAUUCUGCCGACAAAUUCCAGUAACUCCUGCAAAGUUCUUGCGCACUGCAUUUGGAGUGCGUGCUCUUACCUCAGUUUACAUAUCAAGAGUGUUUCUACGCACGGAAAUGGCCCUCAAGAGUCGCAGUGUUUUAACGGGAUCACGCUCUUUAGCAAGAUCGAGAUCAACUGACAACCUUCCAACUAGUCAGUCUCAGGUCAACAUCCAAAUGAUGUCACACACGCUCACCAUAAGAGAGAAAGAGUGCGAAGACACGUACAAAGACAGGGGAGCUCACAGUCCUGGACCGCGCGCUCUCUCAAUGGGUGUUUACCCUAUUCAAAGCAUUCACUCCCAGAUUCUAGAUAUGCCUGACUUAUUCACGUUGUGGUCUUGGCUACCCGUAAGGAUUACUAUGUACCAACCGAUUCUACUUUACACAACUGAGGAGCACGGGUGUUCGCUGACCACAUUUUACGUAAGGGUCGAACAGCAUGAACCCACGCUUCUCAUGAUUAAGACAUGUAACAAUGAGGUGUUUGGUGCUUACUGUUCGACGAGGUGGUGCGAGCGUAAUUUGAAAGAUGACAAAGGACAGAGGCAGGCAUAUUUUGGUACGGGAGAAACUUUCCUGUUCAGCCUCUAUCCAGAGCGAGCUAAAUAUCCUUGGGUGGGUAUGGACUCGUCUCAUAAUGAUCCUCGAGUUCACCAUUCGGCAGAACUUUUCAUGGCUGCCGAUGCUAAAAUGAUAACAAUUGGAGGCGGGGAAGGUCAAGCAAUAUGGAUGGACGAGAACAUAAGGUUUGGUAAAACUGAUCGUUGUUCCACAUUUAACAAUCCUCCGCUUUGUGCCAGCGGUGAUUUUGAGAUAAGAGUUCUCGAGGUAUACGGUUUUGCCGGGGCCUAAAUAAUCUAUCCUCUAUAUCAACUCCCUACUGCCAUUAAGCAACUCUCUCUAUCUCUCUCUAUGUCUGAAUUGUCUUGUCGUCGAUGUGUCAUUUUGGAAAACUGAGAUAUACAGGUAAAUUGUAACCUCAGUUUCUAAGUAACAAGAAAAAUAUAGUAUUACUGCGUGUCUUCUAUCGUUGUUUAUCAUGUUUAUAGAAGAUAUUCGAUUAGGUGCUGAAAGGUAAUAAUUUUGAGAUUACGUAGCCGAGAAGUCAGUCAUUAUUUCGUUUACCCCUGUGUAAUUAUGCUCUAUACAGUCACAUUGCUUAGAUUUACCACGUUUAAUAUAAUAUAUAUUAUAUUAUACUAUGUUAGAGUAUAUUAUUAUUAUAUUAUAUCACAUUAUAUUAGAUUAGAGUAGAGUAUAUUAUUAUUAUAUUAUAUCACAUUAUAUUAGAUUAGAGUAGAUUAUGUUACAUUACAUUGCAUUACAUUACAUUACAUUGCGAUUCGUCGUGUUCAAUUACCUACGUUACAUUGUACUACGUUAUAUUACAUCUAUAUAUAUAUUCAUCCCUGUAUAUACGAUUAGCGACCCUCUCUCACUCAGCAUACACAAAAAACACAAACACAUAUGCCAAAUACACAACAUCCGCGCUCGCUCACGUCAUAAUUAUCGAUCACGUAACAUGAACAAAGUAGUGAAAAAAGGAUAAUAAUAUGUAUAUUAAUUAUAUGUAUAUACAUAUGAAAUAUUAGAUUCAAAAGAUAGCAAAACGUAAGAAAUGAAACAGCGUUCGCAUGGACAAUAAUAAUUUUGAACGACGUGUAGGUCUCCCGCGUUAAAUUUGUUUCGCAUCAUUUGACGCGAUUAAUUUUAUAUGAAUACUUAAUAUUCAUUGGACCAGACAUAUUGUUACGGAAAAAAAACUGUAUAUAAUUAUUUAAUUAUAUUAUCAUUAUUUUACAAACA